CAAAAAUCAAAAUCGAAAAGAGGUCAAAACUCAAAACCCCAAAUUGCAAAAUCUAGGGUUUUAGAGUGAGCUUCAUCAUCGUCAACAAUGGCGGAAGCAACCUGCAGAGUUCUUCGAGACGGAGCAUUAGAGGGAGAAUUAGCUCCAGCGCUCACUAUCAAAGACUCCAUUCUCUCUCCUCUAGCUUUUCAUGUCUUCGAUUACGUUCUCUCUCAGCUUUCUUCCUUCAUUUUGGCGGGAAAAUCACAAUCCAGAGGUUUGGUGAUCGUCGCAUUUGCUCGAAGCCCGUCGUAUUAUAUUGAUUUGAUGAAGAGUAGUGGAAUCGAUGGCGUUUCUUUGGAUAAAUGGGUUCGGAUACUAGAUUGUUAUACAGAUCCUCUUGGUUGGAAGCAUAGGCUUAAGGAAAAUGGGCGGAUUGGCAGUUCUCCAGAUUCUUCGUUUGGGGUGACAGUUUUCAGGGAUGUAAGAAAUUUGGAAAAAUUGCUUUCUGGGAUUCUUGAGUUGGGAAAAGGAAUUGUUGGACAAGGAAAGGAUCGAUUUUGCAUAGCAAUAGACUCGGUAACUGAGUUACUAAGAGAUGUCCCAUUGUCAUCUGUUGCCAGUCUUCUUAGUAAUAUUCGCUGUCAUGGACAAGUUUCCAGUACCUUUUGGCUGUUGCAUUCAGAUAUUCAUGACACAAGUACAAUUGCUGCUCUUGAGUAUAUGUCUUCUAUUGUGGCUAGUGUGGAAGGCUUGACUCAACUAAAAAAUGGACAACAAGGCCUGCUUGAGCAGAAUCUUAGGAAAGCGAAGUUGAGGGUGCGCCUAAAGCGCAGAAAUGGAAGAGUUAGAUUGAUGUCUGAAGAAUUUCAUGUUGAGCAAACAGGAAUUACUUUCAAGUCAAUUUCUUCCGAAGAGGAGUCAAUGGCACAGACACUAGUACCAAAGGUGCAAUUUAAUCUAGAUCUGUCAGAGAAAGAGCAAAUUGAUCGUUCAAAAGUAGUUCUUCCUUUUGAACACCAAGAAACAGAUAAAGCUAACCAAAUUUAUGAUGGCCGUCGAUCUCUCAUGGAAUCGCAAAAUGGGAUGGCAACCGAAGCUGAGAAAACUGGAGUUACUGAAAAUUCUUCAAGAGGUGAGAUAGUCUAUCUCCGUGAUUCAGAUGAUGAAAGACCAGACUCUGACGAGGAUCCUGAUGACGACUUAGAUAUAUAGCUUUGUUCUGUAAAAAAUAUUGAGCCUUGCAUGAAUUUCUGAAGGCUAAAUUUUGUAACCUGGCAUGACUUGCUUGUCUUUACAGUAAAAAAGAGUUAGCUCAUAAUCUUAGCAAUUGUACCAUUUUAAUUACUUAGAAUUUAAUGUGGAUUAUAUAUUUAAAAUUAAGAAAUAUUCCAAGUCAAAAUUCAAAUGUAGAAUACCAGGAAGAAAAAACCAGCUGAAGAAUGAAACUCUCUAAACGUGCAGCAUA